AUGUCCGUGACCAAAAUCCACGCUCGCCAGAUCUUCGACUCUCGCGGUAACCCCACCGUCGAGGUUGACCUUUGGACUUCCAAGGGCCGCUUCCGUGCUGCCGUCCCCUCUGGUGCCUCCACCGGUGUUCACGAGGCCGUUGAGCUUCGUGACGGUGACAAAGCCAACUACGUCGGCAAGGGUGUCUCGAAGGCUGUUGACAACGUCAACAACACCCUCGGCCCCAAGCUCAUCGAGGCUGGUCUCAAGGUCACCCAGCAGAAGGAGAUUGACGACUUCCUCAUCAAGCUCGACGGCACCCCCAACAAGGGCAAGUAUGGUGCCAACGCCAUCCUCGCUAUCUCCAUUGCCGCUACCGAGGCCGGUGCCGCCGAGAAGGGCGUUCCUGUCUACCAGCACCUCGCUGAACUUGCCGGUGUCAAGCCCCCCUACACCCUCCCCACUCCCGCCUUCAACGUCAUCAACGGUGGCUCCCAUGCCGGCAACAAGCUCGCGUUCCAGGAGUUCAUGAUCCUCCCCACUGGCGCUUCUUCGUUCACUGAGGCGAUGAAGAUCGGUACUGAGACCUACCACACCCUCAAGAAGGUCAUCAGCGCCAAGUACGGCAUUGAUGCCACCAACGUUGGUGAUGAGGGUGGAUUCGCCCCCAACGUCUCCGGCGCCGAGGAGUCUCUUGAGCUUCUCACUGAGGCCAUCAAGAAGGCCGGUUACGAGGGCAAGAUCAAGAUCGCUCUCGACGUUGCCUCGUCCGAGUUUUACAAGGAGGGCAAGUACGAUCUCGACUUCAAGAACGCCAACUCGGACCCCACCAAGUGGAUCUCGGGCACUGAGCUCGCGGACCUCUACCUCGGUUACCUCAAGAAGUACCCCAUUGUCUCGAUCGAGGACCCCUUCGACCAGGACGACUGGGAGGCUUGGAGCCACUUCACCAAGCAGGCCCCUAUCCAGAUCGUCGGUGAUGAUCUGACGGUCACCAACCCUCUUCGCAUCAAGACUGCCAUUGAGAAGAAGGCUUGCAACGGUCUUCUCCUCAAGAUCAACCAGAUCGGUACGAUCUCGGAGUCGAUCCAAGCUGCUCAGCUCGCGCAGUCCGACGGCUGGGGUGUCAUGGUCUCUCAUCGUAGCGGUGAGACCGAGAACACCAUCAUCGCCGACCUUGUCGUUGCUCUCGGCACUGGCCAGAUCAAGACUGGCGCUCCCGCUCGCAGCGAGCGUGUCGCCAAGUACAACGCUCUCCUCCGCAUUGAGUGCAUCAAGGGCAGUGGUGCUAUCUACGCCGGCGAGGGAGGUCUUUCUUCGGGUCUCAACCCCCCUUCUCUCCACAAAAAGUAA